GCAGCGCUUCUCCCAGCAGCGAGGGAAGGCCGGAGCGAGGAAGCCGCGCGGCUCAGCGUGUGCAAGCCGCAGCCUCGGGGGCAGCGCGGGGUCCGCGCUGGGCGCUUCGCCGCUUUUGUUCCAAACCACACCGACACCGCUUUGAAAAAACGCCCGCCCCCUGCGCGUUGCUCCGUUCGCAAUUCGACUCCCCAAAGUACGUCGCGUAGGCUGCGCGCAGUUUACAUCGGAACCCCCGCCUCGCCGCUCGCAAAGGGAGCAAGAGCGGCGCAAGGAUUCUGUCGAUCAUCAUGAUUAAGUCAAUCUGGAGCUUUUGGGUCAUCUCUGUUGUUGGAGCCGCAAGUCUUUCUGCACGACAGCUCAGUCCGUUUUGUGAUGCCUCUCAUUUCUGCAACUAUUCUUCAAUGGCUUUAGAUGAAAUUCCUUCUGGUCUAACAGCUGAUAUCACAGGACUCAACCUGGCCUCCAACUCUAUAGAACAAAUUAACCAGAUGGACCUGAAGUUUGCUGUCAAUCUCCGAAUACUUCUGCUCCAUUCUAAUCGAAUCCGGAUAAUUGAUGACGAUGCCUUUCGCUUCCUUGUAAAGCUGGAGCACUUGGAUUUAUCAAAGAACAGUCUGACUCGCUUGUCUCCUUCUUGGUUCAGAUACCUUUCUUCCUUACGGCAGUUAAACAUAAAAGGUAACAUGUACUCUGAUUUAGGGGCAAGGCCUCUCUUUUCAGAUCUGCAAAAACUGAGGUUUCUCUACUUUGGAAAUAACGAGUACUUCUCUACUCUACGGAAACAAGACUUAGAAGGAAUUUCAGUUCUUGAAAAACUGGAAGUUGAGGCACGGAACCUUGAACAAUAUGAGCAAGGAAGUCUAAAAUCAAUCAAGCACAUAGAUCACAUUAUUUUAAAUGUCCACCCCCCUGCCACAUUAAUUCUGAUCAUAGAUGACAUUACAACUUCUGUGGUGUGUUUUGAACUAAGAAACCUACGGUCUCUGAACAAUUCAUACGUGUACCGGUUUUAUCCAUCCGAUUCUGUGAUUGUGCAGAAAGUUAUUCUUAGAAAUGUUGUUCUCUCAGACUUUUCUGUUGGUCAGAUUGCCCCCAUCUUUGCAGAUUUGAACCAACUUCAUGAGAUAGAAGUGGUGGAUAGCAUGUUUAAUGGAAUUGGGAACAUGCAUGUGCGUGGAUUGAGCUCUGUGGGACACCUAGAAGUAGUAACAAUCCGAAAUUUAACAAUUGAUUUGUUUUAUUCAUUUACAGAUCUUUCUAGUGUAAUACAUCUUGUAGAUAAAAUUGUCAGACUUACAGUUGAAAAUGCAAAAGUGUAUCUGAUGCCCUGCUCACUUUCAAAAGCAUUUAAAUCUCUGGAAUAUCUGGAUUUAAGUGUCAAUCUACUACAAGACUUAACUAUUCAAUCCUCCUUUUGCAAACUAAGAACUCCUUUUGCAAAUGCCUUUCCUAAACUAAGAACUUUAAAUGUUAGUCAAAAUGCUUUGUCUGAUUUAGGUUCCAUAGUAACAAGUGUAGCUCAUCUAGUGAAUUUCACAAGCUUGGAUGUAAGCCGAAACAACUUUGGUCGGAUGCCGGAAUCAUGUUCAUGGCCCCAAAGUUUGAAAUUUUUAAACAUCUCUGGCUGUAAAAUAAUCAGGCUUACAACAUGUAUCCCUCAAAGUCUGGACGUACUGGAUGUUAGUAAUAAUAACCUCAAUGACUUUAGACUGAGCUUGCCACAGCUCCGGGAGCUUUACAUCACGAAGAACAAAUUAACGACCCUGCCAGAUGCUGCCUUCAUCUCCAGUGUUAGACUCAUAGAGGUUCGAGAAAACAAACUGAUGGAUUUUUCUAAGGAGCAACUAGGAAAAUUUGCAGAACUGGAGACGCUGGAUGCAUGUGGCAAAAGUUUCAGCUGCUCAUGUCAAUUUCUCUCCUUUGUUGAGUAUGGAGAAGGAAUAUCUAAGAUCUUGGUUGGUUGGCCUGAAAACUACAUCUGUGAUUUGCCAUCCACUGUAAGGGGGAAGCAGGUCCAUGUUGUCCAGUUACCACUAACUGAAUGUCACAGGACAUUGGUGGUGUCCCUAAUCUGUAUUUUGAUGCUGGCGAUGAUCCUGGUGGUGGCAGUUCUUUGCUACAAGCUUCAUGCCAUCUGGUAUAUGAAAAUGACCUGGGCCUGGCUUCAAGCAAAACGCAAGCCUCAACAGGGCCGCAGUAAUGAAAUUUGCUAUGACGCUUUUGUUUCCUACAGUGAGCAGGACUCUGAAUGGGUGGAGAAUAUAAUGGUGGAGGAGCUGGAGCAUGCUAAUCCCCCAUUUAAACUCUGCCUUCAUAAAAGGGAUUUUAUGCCUGGCAAAUGGAUUGUGGACAACAUUAUUGACUCCAUUGAGAAAAGCUAUAAAACUCUGUUUGUGCUCUCCGAGCACUUUGUCCAGAGCGAAUGGUGCAAGUAUGAACUGGAUUUCUCACAUUUCCGGCUUUUUGAUGAGAAUAAUGAUGCUGUGAUUUUGAUCCUUCUGGAGCCCAUUCCAGAGCAAACCAUUCCCAAAAGAUUUUGUAAGCUCAGGAAACUAAUGAAUACCAAAACCUACCUUGAAUGGCCAAGGGAUGACAGACAACAGCAAAUAUUUUGGUUUAAUUUGCGAACGGCGCUAAAGGCAUAGGAGGAAUGUGGGGUACUUGAUAAAUUCAAUCACAGAGUCCUGUACAUUGCUGUACGUUCACCUCUGCUGUAAAAUAUACAGCAGAAAUAAGCAACUGGUAGUUGAGGGACUGGUCUUGUCUCCAUGUCCCACUGCUGUAAUGGCCACAGAGACCAACUCUCACCUCCCUCUUCUUACACUCUUUGACUGCUUUCUUCUGGAACAAGAUACAAAGUCUGCCUGCCAGCAGCAACAGAGGUUAUGUAUGUGCAUGUUCUUCUCUCCUGUGCUUCAGCAGUUUUUUUGUAUAAGAGAUCAAACACAUGCAAAUGGGAGUGAGCAGCUGAGGCACAUAAAGUGUGGGAUGCUCUCUCUGUGUGUGUGAGAGGGAGGUGUCCAUGUUGAUGGUGCCCUGGCUCUGUUCAAAACAGAGCACAUUACAAGCUAUUUGAUGCCCCCCAAUAUCUACAGUAUUAUAAACAAUUUUUGUGUCUUAUUUUGGCAAUUGAUUAACAAAAUACUAUUUUUCAUAGUAUUGUCUUUUAGUGUAUGUUUCUGAAUGGUGAUCCUGAUCCAUUUGUUCCACUGAACAAGCGAAGGCAUGAUACGGAUGUAUGGACAUGUGGUGCAAGUGGGAACUACCCAUUUUCUUCCGUAUUUAGGAAUGUGCAUUGCUCACUGUUCUAGGGAAUGUAGCAGGUUGAGGUCGCGCCGGUUUCUCCACGUACAGAUGAAGGCAAUGGCCAGAAUGCGGUUUCAGUUUUACUGUAUAUUACUGUCACAAUGUCUAGUACAAUCACAUCUCACUGCAUAAAUGAUAUUUGCACUUGCAAAAGUCUGUUUUCAGU